GCCCCAUGAGGCACAGUGGGGUGAUGGGGAGCGCGGGGCAGCCCCUCCGGGCGCUGUGGAGGAGAGAUGCUGCUGGGCGAGAUGAGCGGCGAGAAGGGAAGAUCCUCAGCGAGGGAGGUUAGGGAAGAAGUAUGGUCAAGAUGAACAGCAUCCUGUUAACCACCUGUAUCCUUCUGGCUGCUUUUUGUAGUUGUGGUUAUACCCUAAGGUGUUACCACUGCGAGAACAGCCCUUCGUUGUGCAAGACUAACAGUACUUGCUUAGAAACUGAAGAUACUUGCUUGCAGAUGAAAUUUGGUAAAUUGAGAACUUUCUCCUGCUGGAAGGCAUCCCAGUGCCGAAUGAAUGAUAUUGCGGAAUUCUUCCAGUUGGAUAAUUUUGAUUUCUUUUGCUGCCAACACGACUUGUGCAAUGAGAGCGCAAUUACUCGGGUUAACAAAGCAGCCUUCAGUAUUGCCUCUGUAAUGACCAUGCUAUGGAUGCUUCUGUAAUAAUUCCGAUUUGUAUGCCGCACUUUCAAGCUGAAAUUAUACAGGAUCGUUAACUCUUUUUCUGAAUUGCCACAUUUUCAGUUCCUAACCAUGGGCUGAAACAUUACCUUUUAAUUUUGCCCCAUCCCUGGAAGUGUUCAAGGUCAGGUUGGACGGAGCCUUGAGCAGCCUGGUCCAGUGGGACGUGUCCCUCAUGGCAAGGGGGGUGGAACUGGAUGAUCUUUAAGAUCGCUACCAAUCCAAACCAUUCUAUGAUUCUAUAAUGAUUUUAAAUUCUGUUUCCUAAGGUUGCAUCUGUUCAGUGGCUGUCUCCAUUCAUGGGAAGGAGAUGCAUAUUGUUAGCAGUUAUAGUGAAUUUGGGUAUUUGGGCCUGUUUUAUUCAUGAGGAAAAAUAACUUAUUAAUAAGUAAUGUUAUUUUUGGGAGAACCUAGGCAAACAUCAGUGGAUGAUGUGAAAAGAAGGAACACUGUAGAUUUUUAUGCUGGAAAAUGAUAAUAUCACAGAAUCAUUAAGGUUGGAAAAGACCUCUAAGAUCAUCAGGUCCAACCAUCAACACAAUAACAGCAUUUCUUGCCAUCCCAUAAAUUGUCAUUGUUGGUUGGAAUUUCUAUGUGGGCUUUUUGGGUGUUGGAUUGGGGUUUUUUUGGAAGUUCCCUUGUCAUACACCAAAUAGUGGAUUUGCUGUGCAAACAAGAAAUGUUGGGUCAUAAGUAUAAGCUUUCUGCAGUCCUCACAAUGAAUAUGGAAAUACUUUUCAAGUUUCAAGUGAUGUAGAUUCUUUGUUCCCAUUUCUGUAACAUUUUUCUUCUUUUUUACAUGCCAGUGAUAUAAUCUUGUAAGUACUGUUAUUUUGAGAGAAAACACCUACAUUUCUCAAACCAAAAUAAUGUUGUAUAAGUAAAGAGCACUUUUCUCUCUUUUUAUAAUUUCUCUGAGCAUGCAGUUAACACAUGGCAGCUUCUUCUGCAAGCUUUUUUUUCCCCCUUACACUUCAUCCAUGUCUAGAAUUUUAACAAAGCAUGUGCUUUGCACUGAGUAUUUAUGGGAGCACUGAAAAUUCUUUAUAAUAUGCUAAGGAAUCAAGGUGGCACAUCUAGGUUAUUUUCCCACACAGUUAGCUUUUGGGUUUUGUUGGGAACAGUGACAGGUAAACUUAAGCCUUCAAACUUCCACCUAAGAGUAUUAAACAAAACCUUGUAGAACGUUAUAUUUUGACUUUUAUGUAGUUCUAUAAAUGCUAAUACAAGAAUAUACAUGUAUUUAUACAGCAUGAAUAAAAAAUGCUCAGUUUGUAUGUAUGAGAGGUCUGGGGAUGAAAUGGUCUGCACGUCGCUCUGCCUCAGUGGUGGAGACAGACCUUUGAUACUUCUCUGGUUCUUAGGGACCCUCUCAGUCAGGUACAAUGCCAAAUGCUCCUUUUUGUCUUCUGGAGCUCUUGACAUGUCCCUGCAAGAGUCGUGGUCCAUUGCCAAUGACAUAUUCUCUUUCUGAAGACCCUUGCUUGUGCUCUUGCAGGGUGCCAGUGACAACAGUUCACCCAGUCAUAACAAGGGUGUUACUCCAAAUCCAUGAUGUAUUCUGCAGUAUAUCUUUUGGUUAAGCUUGUCUUCUAGCUGUGACAGCGUCUUCGGAUUAAUCUGAUCACUCAAAAUGUGGAAGUUGUGCUGUCUUUGAUUAAUAAAAAUGUCAA